AUGCCAGACGCUUGGGACAAGUUCGGAAAAACGGUGGAAGUUAGCGGCGAGGGUAUGGUUCUUACCAAGACAACUGGUGGCAACUACUCCCGGCAUGCUGCAGCUAAAGAGUUGCUCACCUCUGGCGUGCACACCUGGGAGGUGGAACUCACGUCAGGCGCAAUCCAAAACAACAAUCGCGACAUGUUUAUCGGCGUCGCGGCGCCGGGAUGUGAUGUUGAGAAGGGCGACCAUCAUGACAAGGGCAAGGCAUGGUAUCUUCGUACGCAUGAUGGAAACAUCUAUGGUGGUGACAUCGACACCGAGGAUGCGGCGAAGAAGGGCAAAUUCUUCGUUGUGGGAGAUCGCGUCGGGCUACGACUCGACUGCAAUGACGGCUCGCUCUGCUUCUACAAGAAUGGCGAGCCGUUCGGAGAACCCCGGUCAGUCUUAGGGAUCCUCUUUUUGUUGUGGUUUGAAGAGCAGUUUCCACCCGGCACGAUCUCCAUGCCCGUGGUCCGUGCCGUCGAGCUCAAGUGCAAUGGCCAGUCGGUGACGCUCUUUCCGCAAGCGCAGCUGGCAUGA